AUGGCAAAUGUAGAAUUUUAUAAAGAGAUUGGUAAUGGUCGUGAAUAUGCGCAAUAUCAAACUACUGUUACUUAUAAAGGUCGAAUAAACAAUACUAUUGAAUUUGUUGCCGCAAAAGUCGUUGAUAAAAAUCGAAUUGAAGAACAAACUCACGGCUUGGAGAUUCAACAUCAAUUACAACACGAAAACAUCACUAAAUUUUAUAAUUGGUCUCAAAAUGAUUCAAAACUCUUCGUAUUUCUUGAAUAUUGUCCUGGAGGAACUCUUUUAGAGCUUUUGGAAAGAGAUGUUUAUCUUCCAGAGACAGUAAUACGAAUAUUCGUUUCUGACAUACUUAAUGCACUUCUUUUCAUUCAUUUAAAUUCGUUUUUAUUUAUCGAUUUCGACCCACGAAACAUUCUUUUGGAUGAAAACGGCAUUAUUAAGCUUAAUGAUUUUACUGGAGCUAGUCAAAUUGACCAAGGAUUUGAUUUCUCUCAUAUUCACACAGAAGCUUUGUGUUAUUUGGCUCCAGAAUUACUUACUGAUGAAGGAGUUCCUUCAUUUGCAUCUGACUUAUACUCGUUUGGAUGUCUACUCUACAGAAUGGCCACUGGCUCUACUCCAUUUGACGAUGAAAAGUCAGAUCAAGCAGACAUCCUUGAUCGAAUCACUAAUUUAGAGCCGAUGAAGAUCAGAAUCUGCUCAGACGAAUUCAAUGACCUUGUUCUUUCGCUUCUUAACAAAGAUCCAUACAAACGUCCAACUUGGCCUGAAGUUGCAGAGCAUCCGUUUUGGAAAGGCUGCCUUGAUUCAGAAUCCUUUGACAGAAUUGCAUACAAAGUCUUUCCAAAGCAAAAGAAUUUCGAAUCCAAGAGGAAAACUACAGAAUCUCUCUCGAUGUACAGGAUAAAUGUCUCAGACUCAGUGACAUCAAGUGUGAGGUACUCAAUGAACAUGAAGCAGAUCAUCCAGAAGGCAAAAGAAGAAGAAAAGAAAUCAGAAAAAUCUGACAUAGAAAAAAUCAAUGAUUACCUCACAAAAAGUGAACUUCUCAAACCAUCGCAAAUAGUUUUCAACGCCUCGAUUGAGACAAUCCAGCUCAACUCCAACGAAAGUGGCCAAAUUCCCUUUGAUUCUGACUCAUUGAACACAUCCGACCAAGAAGAACUCAGCAAGAUCUGCAUGAAGAUCAAAGAUGUUUUCGAAGGAAUAGACACGAUCAAAUCGAAACUGCCUUUGGCCAACUUUCUGAUACAGAAUGCAAGGAAGUCUCCUUUGAUUUGCAACAACUUCAUCAAGCACAACUUCCUUUUGCAGCUUCUGAUGUUCACUUCUCAAUCAAAGCAAACACAAGUUCAGUCGUGUUUACUCCUACUUUUUUCUGUUUUGAUACACAAUGCAACAGAUAUCCCGUCACAAAUGAUAUCAAUGGACAAAAUGGGCGGCCUCGAGACAUUCAUCAAGUCGGGCAGUGAUUUAAUUCGAAGGAGAUCUCUCUGCUGCCUUGGAGAGUUAGUUGACUUCAUUUCGAAACAGGACUCAAAUGAGUACAAAUUUCCAAUGUUCACGCAGAGAGUUCUGGUCGACAGCUACAGGAGCAACGACGAAAUAGAGAGGCACUACUCCCUCAGGAUCAUGGCCAACCUUGUGUUCACUGACAGGUUCAACGAGGUGUUCGAUGACAAGUCAUUCCAGUCACUGCUGCAAGAGUACAAAAUUGUCGAUAACAACCUUUUGGAAACUUUUGCUGUUUUGGUAAAUGGUUUUUACUCUAAAAAGAAAGAAAAAUCAAACGAUUUCACUUCAUCUGUCUGCAAAGAACUAAUAGUCCGAUCAAAUCCUACUCUGAAUAUCCUUGGAAUUAUUUUGGCUGCAAAUACUUUGUCACUUUUAUCGAUAAAAAGUGACAUUUUUAAACUUUUCAAGUCAUCGACUGGAGAUUUACGGACUAAGCUCCUUAUGGCAGUAUCUAUCAUUUGCGAAAACCCUUUGGAAUUGUUAGAUGUUUCUUCAAAAUACUUUACAACUAUUGAAAAAUUACAAACAGAUAAUUUUGAAAUUUUUGACACAAUUGUUUUGUUUUUUAUAUCUAAAGCCGAAGAGAUACUGGACAAGGCGAUCAAUGGUCAUUCAUUAGAUAUACUUCAGAUAAUUUGUGACUGUGUUUCUUGCAAAACUUUUCAAUCAAAAAUUUGGAAUUCGAAUUUUGUUAAAAAAGUGACAAAAUUAUUGAAAGAAAACAAUUUCACUUCACCUAACUGUGAAUUAAUAUUGCAAAUCAUACAUCACGGAGUCACAACUAAUUCAUGUGAUGCAGCGAUCAUCUGUGACCUCAAAAGACCUCUCAUUUCUCCAAAAGAAUCAGUCAGAUUCAACGCAAUAAAAAUAAUUUCUGACACUUUUGAGAAUGUUCCUAUCAUAUCUGACAAAUUGAUGGCAUUCAUUGACGCCGCAAUUCUACCACUGACUUCCUCUCUUCUACAAGAUGCAACAGUUAUUUCCGACCAAACAAUCAAACUUUUAUCAAAAGUUUCUUCUCUAAGUCCAAACAUUUUGAAUUCACUUACGAAAGUCACGACUCUGUCUAUAAUAUUCCAACGCUGCAGUGACAAUGUUUCCGCUCUAGACCUCGCGACGCAGAUAAUACAGAAGACAGAGAUAUCCCUCGACGCGUUAGUCAGCGCAAGAAUCAUCCCGUGCAUCAUGCAGACAAUAGAUAAAACAACAGGAGCUGUGGAACUUCUCAAAGUUCUUCUGGAAAACUGCGAAAAAACAAUUAAUGGAGAUCCAAAGAACCAAAAGAAAGUCAUCAAAAGCAUUUCAUCCCUCGCUGCGAAAUGCCCAGUUUGUGCUGCAACACUUCUCGACAACCAAAUUAGUGCGGACUGUUUCGUUUUGAUGAUAAGAAUAUUCACUCCUUUGACAGCGCAAAACAAUGAUAUUCUGAUUGACUCUGCGUUUGGUCCUUUCUCGAUCGUGUUGACAAACGGAUACAAGAAACCAGAACAUUUGGAAAUGCUCGCAAAUGUAGUUUCUACUCUUGAAAAUAGUUGCGAAAAAUCACAAGCAAUGAAACUGAGAUUGAAAGGAUCUUCUACACUUAUUAACGCACUCAAAAAGGCAUCAAUUGCAUCUGUUUCACCUCUAAAAGAUGCUUGUAAUUCAUUGCUUAAAUCACUCAAGAAAUAA